AUGGCCUCAAUGGUUUCCAGCGAUUCUCAGAGAUCGCCGACUUUGGACAAAUCGUCCAAGUUCCCGCGGUUUCUGCCGCCUCGGAACCAGAAGAAGCCAGUCCAUACUCCCCAGAACAAGCCUUCUCGUCCUCGAACGCCUUCUUUAGGCGGCAAAUCUACCCCUAGACGUAAAAAACUGCAGAAAAAGGGCUCUGCUGGCUCUCGAGAAGCGUCUCCUAUGAUUGACCUAACCACUGAAGAAGAACAGCAGCCUACAAUUGCACAGUCCCCUGAAGACGACGAUGAAUCGCCUCUACGCAACCCCAAGAGAAGAAAAACUAGCCCAGCGGCUGCUUCUACGGAAGAAUUGAACCUGUCUCCCAUCAAAUCAUCUGAACAUAGGGCAAUGGCUCCUCCUUCAUCAUCCCCAGUUAACCGGAGAAAGAUCGUGACAUUCUCUGAUGAUAUGGUCCCCAGCUCACCUAUGAAGGCUAUGGAAACCCCAAGAAAGUCUAUUUUGAAAAACCUGGGUCAUUUCGCAGCAGACUCGUCUCCACUAGAUCCGAAUAACUCUGCCAUGUGGAUGAAAACUGCCCACUCCAUUCUGCAUUCGUUCUCUACCGAGUACCAUUCCCCUAAUAACCCUGCAUUCUGGCAACCUGGAACCAUUAUCCAGUUGGAACCCAGAUCCAAUGAUUUGCCUCAGCUUAUAGAUGGAUGCAUGGAAGUGUUGAAACUAGAAACCUUCGAUAGGAAGUUCGAGGUUUACGCUACGCUAAAUCAGAUAUGCAAACUAAACGAUGCUUCCAUUGUGGCUGAACUAUUCCUUGGCGGUGAUGUGCUUUGGCUCCAACAGACCGAGAAGGCGACAAGAUAUAAACCUCGUCUGAAUCCUGACUAUAUCAAAGACGUCUUCAAGUUCAUUCGCCGUGACAUUCUUGCUACUGAAGAAGCUCUACUAAAGAAAGCUCCUCCUCAAACAAAGCUUUCACCUUUGAGGAAUAACCCAUUUCAAUCGCGGGUCUUGAAUCAAGCACUUAAAUUUGCAGCCAUUUUACUCAUGUCUCCAUCCGUGAAUAGAUCUAUUGCCAUUGACGACAUUCAGUGGCUCUAUAGCCACACCUGUGGUCAAAUUGUGAGUCCCACGAUCUCAAAAUCGUUGGUUUUACCUUACUUGAGCAUUAUUAAGGAUUGCCAUUUUGCACCCAAGCGAAGACGUGCCAUCUUUGAGAACUCUUCUCAUCCCAUCCUGGAGCAAAUGCUCUCUGCAUUAUUGAACAUCCGCAAUUUCGGAUCUUCGAGCUUGGUCAAUGAGAAAUUCAUAGCAUUGAAGAAUAUGAUUCUGAACUUCCCCAACCUCAUGGCCAAAAACUUUCAUUUAUGGUUUGUGGGUCUUGUUCUUAAUCUAUGUGACACGGGUUUCCCUCUCUAUACGAAAGUUGUGUCCACUGGCAUCACAGCUCUAUUAGAAGCUGCACGGAAUUUCCUUGACAAUCCGGAUGUGUGUUUCGCUGGCCGCAAAUUCUUGGAGUCUCCAUUACCACAGUCUCAGACAUCAUUUACAUCCGAUAAUCUUAUCUCAAUCUCAACCUCCCCAUCGUCAUUAACAAUCGACUACGUCAUUGAAAGCCUUCUAGGUUUGAUACAGAAUGGCCAUUUCAAGUUCGCCAUGGAUAUCUGGGUCGGUUUAACGCUCCUUUGUGGUAAGUUUGAUAAUGGUUUCGAAAAUUGGAAGUACUUGACCAAGUGGCUUCAGGUGCAUAAAUACUGUUUCAAUGAGCUGGAUAUGAUGGCGAAGGUGACUGCUAUAUCAUCAUGGAAAGUGAUUGUCUACAAGAUAUGCUGUAUGGAGCUUCGAGACAUCAGGACUCACAUCUUCCUGGAAAAGCCCGGAACUCCCGAAAAGAUGAGACAUCAAGGCAUUGAGGAGGCAUUGAGAACAAAAAUCAAACUUCUCAUUCACGUCUUUGUUAAUAUUACCUCGAUCGAGAGCCAGAAGGAGAUAAUUGAUGCCCUUCAUAACUCGUUCAUGUCUAUCCUAUACAACUUGUUCAACUAUCCUGCCAAAGCGUCUGCAAAGUUGCAAGACAUUUACUGGGACCGAAUCAUAUACCCAGUCUUGGUUAAUUUCUAUUUCAAGAAGGAUUCCUCUAUUCCCUAUAUGCAUAGCUUGGGUUUGAGUAUUAUUGAUCGCUUGAUAAAGCCGACUUCAAACUCAAGCGAGAAAACCUUUAGCAGUAUUCGCUGUCUCUCUAACGAGUGCAUUCAACUCCCCGAAAUUCAUUCCCUUAACCCUAAAUGGGUGUUUGUGAGAUUUGACAAGAUCAUGCAAGUGUUAUCUGUGAUUUUGAAGCUGGACAGGAUUGAAAGUGACCCGAAGCUUAACAUUGUGAACAACUUCAUGAACACACUUAAAUUCAUCACCAAGAAGGAAUUGCAAUUGUCGGACACCACUAGAGAUAUCAUCGAUAAUUUGCCGUUAACCUUAGGUAUCUUAAGCAAAGGCAGUAACUUAUCUUACGAUUCCUUGUUCAAACUCGUUGUGAACUUGAAUGAUACAUUCGGAGCCCAGAAUUUGAUGAUUGACUCUGAUUUCGAAGCAAGCAGUUGUUACGAGGUCUUACUUUUCCACAGCAUCCAAUACUACACGAGCAAUCAACUCCAUGGAAUUGUCAGCAUGAUACACGGAGCCGUCGGAGAGAGAUACUACUUCCAUUUCGUGUACCAGUUGAUUCGCAUCAACAGCAAGCAUAAACGAGGUGACCUAGAGGGUCAUAUAACCGAUUGUCUUAAUAACAAAAGAGUCAACCGAUUAAGCCACCAUGAAAUGCUCAUAGCUGGUAAGAUGUUCAAAUACUUGGAAACUGACUUUGCUAUGAUAGCGAAGAAGGUUAUCCAACACAUUGUGCUUUUAAAGGCUGAGGAAUUCGAAAGAAUGGUCUCGCUUCUUGGUAUCAAAGAGUGGAAGAAUAAGGUGUUUAAGUUCUUUUUGGGCUUGAUGCACGAUGCUCCUUAUGAUCAUCUAAAGCGAAUGAGUUUGAGUCUCUUAAGACAAAAAUGGUCUUCAUAUGAGGAUUUUAGUGAAUUGCUAACAUUCCUCUUGGAAAGUAAGUUUGACUAUGAGAUCGAGAGUUGUUUCGUCGAGAUUACUCAAACAAUUGCUAAGCUUGAAGGUGGGCAAAGAAUUCAGAUGGAGGACGCUGUUUCGAACUAUUUGAUUCAAGUCUCGGAUAAAGACAGUGUUGUGGAUGGACUCCUCGUCACUGCGCAUUCAAAUGGCGUAGACUUCACCUCGACGUUUAAAGAAAACCUAAGCAGGUAUCCUAAGUUUUCUGCUCUAGUUCUGAAAGAUUCAAAGCUGGUUACUGAGUCUUCCGAAGAAGAGCUGUUGCAAAGAAGGGCGUCAAAUGAGGAAAUUCUGCAGCAACAAAUCGAGUUGGAGUCACUUAUCACGAAGGAACUCAAACAACGUCACGAUGAGAUGAAUCAAGAUUCUACAGAAGCACCAGUGGAAGCUAAGGAUACACAGGAGGCAAAAGAAACAAGCGAGUCGAAGGAAACAAGUGAGGCUGAAAACUCUUCUCUCACAGCGGAGCCAGUUGAAGAGAAGGAUGCUACAAAGGAACAGCCUCAACCAGACACAGAGGAAACCCCAGAGAAACCAAAGCAAUCGCUGCAUGAGAAAGCCACAUCAACCCAAGGAACGCAACGUACUGAGACUGCUUCGCAGAGAAGACGCACAAGAAGGAUGGCAGCCAAAGAGAGAGCCCAGCUCUCUUCACAAAAAAUUGUGGAAGUUUCUUCAGAUGAUCUAGUUCAAAAUGGCGAGGCUGCUCCUGCCACCCGCAAAGAGUCUACUGAGGAUGCCGAUCAGGAGGAUAUCCAGGAAAUAGAGCGAGACGAGUUUUCGUUCGAGAAAAAGAACGAUUCCGAUAGUAUUGAAGACUCAGCGGAUGGUAAAGCUGAAGAGAAUCCAAAGAAGCGCAAGAAUGACGAUGUGGAGCCCUCGAGUCCAAAAAAGCGCCAUGACCACGAGAAACAAGUCAGCGAUUCAGAAGAAAGUCUCAAAGAGAAACAACUCAUGGCCUACAACGAAAGCACCGGUGUUGAAAUCAACUCCAGUUCCGAUUCUCAUGAGAAGAAAGGUAACGACAGUUUGGAUAUGGAUUCCAGCGAAAAGCAGUUUUCAGACACUUUCUUAAACCUGUCAGCCAUGCAAGCGCCCCACAAAGAAGAGCCAGCUCCCAGUUGCACCGACCUCGUUCUUUCGUCCAACGCCCAAGCCAAAUUCCCCCAUCUGACAGCUCCCGAGUCGCUUUCUGUCAUUCCUGAAGCCGUCGAGCAGAAACUGGUUGUUGCUGAUUUAGUCUCCCGCAUGCUGUCCCUCAGCGACGCCGACAUCGCCAAUAUUCCUCGUGAAGAACAACACGAGCUCGAAACAGCCAUGAUGGAGUUCAUGCUCCGAAUGAGAAGAGCCAGUUAG